UCCAUUGCGCAUGUCCAAAGUAAACAAUGAAAAUGGCUGCCAUGGGUUUCAUAACCGGUGACGGCGAAAGAAAACAAGCGGGAGAGGAUGCAGAGAGCUCAGAGAGGAGUGGCAAUGAAGAGGAAAAUGAGGACCUGUCAGGUGAAGAGGAGGAAGAAGGAAGUGCCGGGAAGGUCGAAGCCGGUUCGUUGAAGCUCCGCGUCGCCGUGAGCUCGGCCAAGACCAAGAAGAAGAAACACAAGCACCGCAGCAAACACAAGCGACAGAAGCACGUCUCCCCAGAGGACAAGGAGCGGCGCCACGGGCACCGGCACAAGCACAAGAGGCACAAGCGUAAAGACAACCCCUCGACCGAUGUCUUCUCAAACUGUGGGGAUGACGACGCUUCCCUGUACUCCUCUGCCAAGCAGCCAAGACUGGAAGAUGAUGAGAUGGCACUUCUGGAGGAGCUGGAGAAACAGAGGGCCCUGAUACAAGCCGAGCUAGAUGGUGAACUGACUGAGGGGGGCAGGGAGGUACAGUCGGACAUGGGGCUCAUACUCCAGGGCUACCACUCUGAAGAGGAGGAGGAUGGGGAGAUUCAGGUGGAGAGGGAGCGCAAUGGGCAGCACUGGUGUAUAGGGGCAACAGGUCCCGGGUCCGGCUCAGGCUCACAGACCGCUAAGGACACCUGUAGAGGACGACGAGAGUCGACGGAUGCCGGAAAAGCUAAGCAGAUCAAUCCCAAUAAAAAUGCCAGGAAGAGCAGGACAGACGGGAAGACCAAGGAUCGGAUGAGAGGACGGAGCACGUCCAGGGAUAGAGACAGCAGAAGACAUUCCAGGAGUUCAGAGUGCUUUAGGUCUCCUCCUGGCACUAGCAAGCAGCCUUCCCCACCGGCUCAGAGCAGAGGAGCCCAAAACCAGGAGCCCAGCGGCAGCAACCACAAGUCACCCGAGCACUGCAAGGCUAGGUGGCCAGAUAGGGAAUGGGACAAGGACAAGAAGGCAACCAAGUCCCCCGCCAAGGAUGCUUCCUCUGGGAAGGAGAACCGCUCUCCAGGCCUGCGAGGGAGGCUGCCAGGCCCCGCCCUCCAGCUGCAGCGCAGCACGUCCCCAUCACAAUGUCACUCAUCCUCAGGCCCCCAGGCAGCUGAGCGAAGGGCCAUGUCACCGUCACCACCCAGAGGGGGCCACCCAUGCUCUCCGGAGAGUCGAAGGAGAGUGAUGGACCGAGUGAGACUUCCACCUGGCAGGAUGUGGAGCCAGGAAGAGGCAGCGGUCCGUAUGGACGCCAGCCCGGCCCUAGGCGCCCGGCGAAGGUUCAGCCGCUCACCUUUCAGGCGGAGAUCGCGCUCUCCCAGGAGAUGCAGCAGGUCACCAUUCAGGAGGAGGUCGUUGGAUCGGUUGGGACGGAGGCUGCGGUGGCGUUCCAGAUCCCAGGAGAGGAGAUGGAGCCGGGACAGAGAGGACAAGUUCAAGGGCAGCCUCUCGGAGGGAAUGAGGGCCGACAAGGAGGACUCUGAAGAUGAAGUGCUGGAAGAUUACGAUGUGGAUGAGGAGGACGAGGAGGCUCUCAUUGAACAGAGGAGGCUACAGCGCCUGGCCAUCGUCCAGAAGUACAAGGGAGGGAACGAGGGUAGUAACAUGUCGGCACCAUCGGAGCCCGGCAGCCCCCAGAGCAGCCCGCGCAGCCGCUCACCGUCGCCAGACGACAUUUUGGAGCGCGUGGCGGCCGACGUCAAAGAGUAUGAGCGGGAAAACGUGGACACCUUCGAAGAGAACAUCAAGGCCAAGCACAACCUCAUCGAACAGGAGAAAGACGAAGGAACCAACCCGAAAAAAACAUCCGCCCCUGAUAUGUUCACCGAAUCAGAUGACAUGUUCGCCGCCUACGAUAGUGCAAGGCUUCGAGCAGCAGGCAUCGGGAAGGACUUUAAGGAGAACCCCAAUCUCCGAGACAACUGGACAGACGCAGAGGGAUACUACCGACUCAAUAUCGGGGAGAUACUGGACAAGCGGUACAGCGUGUACGGCUACACGGGCCAGGGGGUGUUCAGCAACGUCAUACGCGCCCGAGACGUGGCCCGCGCCAGCCAUGAGGUGGCCAUCAAGAUCAUUCGGAACAACGAGCUCAUGCAGAAGACUGGGCUGAAGGAGCUGCAGUUCCUUAAGAAGCUCAACAAUGCUGAUCCGGACGACAAGUUCCACUGUCUGCGGCUCUACCGACACUUCUACCACAAGCAGCACCUCUGUCUGGUCUUCGAGCCUCUCAGUAUGAACCUGCGCGAGGUACUGAAGAAGUAUGGCAAAGACGUGGGCCUCCACAUCAAGGCGGUGCGCUCUUACAGCCAGCAGCUCUUUCUGGCCCUGAAGCUGCUGAAACGCUGCAACAUCCUGCACGCCGAUAUCAAACCUGACAACAUCCUGGUCAACGAGUCGAAAACCAUCCUCAAGCUCUGUGACUUUGGUUCAGCGUCGCACGUGGCAGAGAAUGACAUCACGCCCUACUUGGUCAGCCGGUUCUACAGGGCGCCGGAGAUUAUCAUCGGGAAGCCUUACGACUAUGCGAUCGACAUGUGGUCCGUUGGCUGCACUCUGUAUGAGCUGUACACGGGCAAGAUACUUUUCCCAGGGAAAACCAACAACCACAUGAUUAAGCUCGCCAUGGACAUCAAGGGCAAGAUGCCCAACAAGAUGAUCAGGAAAGGCGUGUUCAAGGACCAGCACUUUGACCAGAACCUCAACUUCCUGUACACAGAAGUAGACAAAGUCACUGAAAGGGAGAAGGUGACAGUGAUGAGCACCAUCAACCCCACCAAGGAGCUGCUGGCUGACAUGGUGGGCUGCCAGCGUCUCCCUGAGGACCAGCGCAAGAAGGUUGCCCAGCUCAAGGACCUGCUGGACCUGACCCUUAUGCUGGACCCGGCCAAGAGGAUCAGCAUCAACCAGGCCCUGCAGCACCCCUACAUCCAGGAGAAGAUCUUCUGAGCAUCUCCUACUGUACCACUCAGUCAUGCAUUGAUUGAUUGACACAUGCAGAAGCUAGUACUGAGUCCCUAGUUUGACUAUGGUUGGACCCCACCCCAGCCCAAGAAAUUGAUUUAUUUGAGCUGGCAGACUCUGCUGAUGGAGAGGAAGUAGUAUUAUCUUUCUUCCUCUGUUUACACAACACACACAUGCUCUCCCGUUUUACAUUGAUCUAAUGGCUUGUAUUAUAUAACCAUAGUCGUGGUGUGAACGUUUUAAAUGUUUAAUCGAAAUUGAAUCCUUAACGU